UUUUGCAAUAAAGUUUAUACCUAGCAAUAAAGAUGGCAAAAGUUUUCUUAAUUCUAACAAGUUUGUUACUGUGUAUUGUUUUAGUUGCUGCAUCUGAAUCUGAAGUUAUUUGCCCAUCAUCACAAAGUAACAUUGAUAUGGCUGUACAUUUACCUUCGCCUACAAGUUGUUCAACUUUUUACAAAUGCGAUCGGGGAGUUCCAGUGUUGCAAAGGUGUCCACCUGGUUUGCAUUUUAACAAGUUUACUCAGGGUUGUGAUUUUCCACUCUCAGCUGGAUGCAAACUGGAAGAACAAUAGUUUGCUUUUGUAUAAGCUCUGUUACUUUUUGUGUUGUACGUUUUUCUUUUAAGAUUAAUGAAAUAACAAAAUAAAAACAAACAAACUAAUUAUUAUUUUUGUUUAAGAA